AUGGAUUGGGACUUGAAGAUGCCUUCUUGGGAUUUUGUGGAGGUUGAGCAGUGUGCAGGGCCAAACAUUGGGUCUCUUGAUUGUUCUGUGGACUUGAAACUUGGUGGAUUGUGUGAUGAUUGGAAUAAGAAGAAGAAUAAGAAGGAUAGCCAGAUAAAUAUGGCAGAAAUUGCAGAUAUGUCUUCUGGUUCUGGAUCUUCCAAGAAAGCAAGAACUCCAAAUAAUAAUGGUAGACAGAUUGCUUCUUGUUUGGUUGAUGGUUGUAUGUCUGAUCUUAGCAAGUGUAGGGAGUAUCAUCGCCGCCACAAAGUUUGCGAAACGCAUUCGAAGACGCAGAUGGUUAUUGUCUCCGGCAAGGAACAGAGGUUCUGCCAGCAGUGCAGCAGAUUUCACCUGCUCACCGAGUUCGAUGAAGUAAAACGAAGCUGCAGAAAGCGUCUUGAUGGGCAUAAUAGACGACGUAGAAAGCCUCAGCCUGAUUCUCUCAAUUCCGCAACAUUCUUCACAAAUCACCAAGGAGGCAGGUUUACGUCAUAUUCUCCGAUGUACCCGAUGACAGCACAAAGUCCGGCUUGGCCUGGUAUCAUAAAAAUCGAGAACAAACCACUUUAUCCAAAUCAACAGCAAUUGAGCUUCAUCAGCAAGCAAGAAGAACUUCCAAACUCCUUCUCAAUCAGCUUCAAAGAUGGUAAGAAAUUUCCCUUCCUGCAAUAUGGUAAUACUGAAGAUUCUGUUUCUACCCGCCAAAAUAGCGGCUUCAAGGCGUUCCCCGACGGUAUAGCCCGGCGUGCUCUCUCUCUUCUGUCAUCGCCUACCCAGGCCGCGGCUAUGAACUUUGGCCAAAUGGUCGCUGGCGAUUACAUUCCCUUUGGUCAGCCUCUGAUCUCUAAUCUUCCUUACAGUGGUCUUGCUCAGUACUCGAGUGCACAGGCUUCUAGCAGUGUCUCGCCUCCACCGGGCUUAUCUUGUUCCGGAAUCACAGAUAAUCAUGGAAGCAUAUCUCUGGUUUCUGAUUCUACAAAUACUGAUCUUCACUGCCAUACUGAUCUUCCUUUUUGGCAGUGAGACAUACAAUUGUAAUUCGGAACCGAUUCUGCUGAAAUUUGUCGAAAUCUCUUUUAUGUAACAUCUCAACAUUGUCUUUCAUGGAUAUUAGCACUUUAUUUUGUCUAAACCCUGGAGAACCAGAGACAGAAGAGCACACCUUCAAAGAGUGAUAGACAAGGUUUCCUUCAACUGCGCAAUCUCCAAAUAAACACUAGAACAAGGAAUAAGCUCAGAUAAAUGGCUUUGCAUCCUAUCAUUGAUGGCGACUCUAAAUUUGGAGUUCUGCGACCUGGGCGAAGAACGGAACCGGCUUCAAGGAUCGAGUUCAUUUGUAUGUUGAAUGCUGAUUGGUUAAACAUCUGCACAUUCAAGUUCUUAAUCUGCCAGAUAAAAUUUCUGAGAUGGUAAACUGAUAAAUGAUCAUGAUGAUCAAUUUGAGCAGCAUCAAAUGUCAUCUUCAUUUUUCAUUAGUUAUAUCAAUCAAAUAAAGUAGAUACUUCACCAAA